AUAACACUCAAAUAUGUACAAUAUUAUGCAAGCCACUAAUACACACAUUCAAAAGAUGUUUGUUUCACCAUUCAGUCUUACUCAUCAAUUUUUCAUUUUGGAUUUACUAUCUUCAUUUAUUGAUUACAUUUUAUUUUUGUGCUAUUUAUACCAAGAUUAUCUUCCCAGACGUCCGAAAAAAUUUAUUUUAUUGUAUAGGUGAACUUCAACCCCUGGAAGAAUUAUUCUGAAGGUGCUUCACAUUCACAGUGGAUAUAAAUUUGUGAAGAAAAUCUUUUCUUUAAAGUUUAUACUCACUUGAAGAGUAACAAGGCAGUAUUUAAGUAUAUCAACUAUGUGGUCUUUUAGUCAUCAGUAAUCCACUGUCAUGUGUUUGUGUGUGAUAUGUUGUUUAAAAAUUCGUUAAAUCGAUAAUUAAAAUAUUCUGUAAUAUAAAUAUAUAUAUUUACUUGUAUGACUAGCUUAUUUAUACACAGUAGCAUUGAAGAGGAAAAAAAAUACUCUAUGGGUACUUUGUCCAGAGAACUUGAAUCAAGUUUAGAAAGACAUACUAGAUUUACAGAAACACAAAUUGGAGCUUUAGUUUUUCAUGAUCAUAAUGAUCAAAAAUAUUAUCGUAACUAUCAGUUUGACGAGGAUAUGGAUAUAGUACGCCGGUUUGUAACUCGAAAUCUUUGUGGAGAAUAUCCUCCAGUAACUUUACGUUAUUUUGCACAGAAUUGGCCUGAACUCUGUAUAAUAGCCUUUACCGAUACGCACAUCCCAAUUGGUAUUAUAAUUGGUCAACAGACAGAACCUCAUGUUGGAAGAAUAACAUUUUUUGCUGUUGAAAAACGCGUAGAAGCUAAUAUUGUCUAUAAAAAGUUACUACAAUUAGAAGUUAUGAAAAUGCAUCAAAUUGGAAUAAGGAAAGUGUUUUUAAAACCAGCCGAUGAGCGUAUGGAGAUGAAACUAAUGCGGUAUAUAGGAUCCACGGGACCUUUGCGAUAUAAAGAUGACAAUGGAGAAUAUCAAUUUCAUAUAUAA